GUUUCAGAUUAGAAAAUGGAUUCACAGUCACAGUUCAGUUAUGGUCCGGUUAUCAACAUGGAAGGUCCAGUCACAGAAGGUCAGAAAAUUCAAUGUUCAGACAAGAGAGCCAAUGGUAUUGGCAAUGGAGAAAUCCAACGUCGCUUUAGAAAUGUCCCCGUAUUGGAAGAAAGAAGACUUCUUGCGCUUGAAAGGCACAUCAAGCGUAAACGGAGGAGACGGCCGUACGUUAAAAAGAUGAAGAGUUCGGAGAAAACAGAGCAUCUUGACAGAACCAUGGGGGCUCCCAAUGGAAAAAUGUCAGACGACCUUGGAGCGAUUGAUUUUAAGGAUGAGAGGAUACAAGUAUCUAAAGGGGACGGGAGAAAAGAUUGCAAUCUGCAUAAAAUCGAGGGUACAGUGAUGGCAGCUUUAGAGAAAUAUGAGGAAAACCAAACUGAUCUGCAAAGAAAAUAUGAACUGAUUGAGGACUUUGAAGUUCAAUCAACAAAGAUGGAGAUCGGAGAUGAUAAGAAACAGGAUGUACAGUUUGGCAAGUUGGUUGAAUACUUACUUACCAGAGUAAAAUCAGAAAUACUUGAUAAAGUUGAAGAUGAAUUGAAGAAUCAGAGCAAUGUAAAACAGUUGAAAGUUGAAAACCAAAUCAAAAAGGAUGACGUGAACUGUAUGGAGGUGAAGCGAGAAGAAGAAAAGUUCACCCACGUGACCGAAGUGAACACUACGCCGCCUAAAGAUGCUGGGAUCGAGGCAAAGCAUGUGAAUAAUGUACAGUUGAAGAAAGAGAAAGAAAAUUUUCGAGAGGAAGGGCAAAAAGAUUUGAAGAAAGCAAAUGACACUGAAAACAAAAUUGAUGAUAUCGGGGAGGAAAAAGCUGAACAAAGUUACAACACACUAAACACUGGAUCAAAGGAGCCUUCGCCAAAAGAUCCUGAAUUUGAAGCCGUCAAAUCCAAUCAGCUGAUAAAACAUGAAGUAGAUGAAGGAAAGACUGGCUUCGACACAAGAAACAAGUUUGUCCUUGGUGAUUAUGACGAUGAUGAUGAAGAAGAGGACGAUGAAGGCUUUAUGCCGAGAAAGCUUUUCUUCUUUAGCUUUUCUCAAUUUAAGGAAGAAGAAACGUGCGCAUGAUGCAUAUGGAAGAACCUUAUUCCAAGAAUCGAAAUUCCCAGCAAAAUCAAAAUCCGUCCGGUUAAUUACAAUGAUGAGUUUUCGAGUUAAAAAAAUAAAAGAAAAAC